AUGUCCGACCAAACGAAUCUAAAUCCACGUCCUAGGCUAAUCUCAUACAAUUUCGACCCCGAGUAUGACCGUGAUGACGGCCCAGAUGCGAAUGACCUUCGGGAGCUUAACAGGGCUGUUUGCGCCGGUGAUUUGGAGAGGGUAAAACGAGCCAUAAAGCCCGAAACCGACCUCACGGUGCAGUUCGGGAGUUCUUAUCUCGCAGAUUCACUUCUGUCCGACGCUAUACUGCAUUCGCACAUGCACAUCGUAGGAUUCCUGCUUGCGCUUGGUGCCGACCCUGCAACACCAUCGUGUACUAGUCAGCGACAGGCGCUCCACGAUGCAGCGGAACUGGGAAACGUCGAAGCCGUUCGUCUUUUCCUAGAUCUCGGGGCUGAUGUGAAUUCGGUUUGUGAAACCGAUGGCUUCAGUGGAGGUCACACGACGGCCUUGUGGCUUGCGAUACAUAGAGGAGGUGAAAUGGGAAGCCGACAUUGGCCCCCGGGUGCUGAUCCCCAGCGACUUUAUACCAAAAAAUGGGUUGAGACGAUUGAGCUCUUGCUUGCCCGUGGUGCUCACUUCCCGCCGCGUCCACCAAGCGACCCCUACUUUAAUCCUUCUUUUUUCGAUCCGCCAAUUCCCAGUGAUGAAGCGACUCUACUACGAAAGGCCCUACGCCCGAGAUCCAGGGCACUUUGUAUGUCGUACCUAAACGAACUCAAAGCUUCCAACUCCAUUCCGCCCAACGCCCUCGUCAUCGCCGCACAGAGCUUUUUUGUUCAAGGCGUCCAAGAUCUCAUCCAAGAAUUCGGUUAUCGAGAUGAAAGCUGCAGUGCCCUGAAAGCCACCUCAUGGUUUCCCACUGACGACAAAGAUGUCGAGGACAUCAAGAUCCUUGUCAACAUCGCUCGCCUGCUGCUCAACUCCCGAGAUGACUGCAAUCUAGAGGACAUCCAUCUUGUAGACACCCUUUGCGAAUUCUCAAGAGUUGCGAAUCUAGAGCUCAUGGCUUUAGUUCUCGACCAUGGUGUAGACGCUAAUGCGUGCAUCAAUGGGCUAGACAAAGAGACCCUGCAGCACUAA